GUGCUGGGCGCCCUGCCCGAGCCGCCGCGCAGGCUCCUCAGCCACUCCAGCAAGAUGGGUUACCAGACGUGGCUGCCCGUACCGCUGCCCAGGCAGCUGGUGGUGUUUGGCCUGGGGGACUGGAGCUGUUACUCGCCGGACACGAGCAUCGCUGUGGAUGUGCACGUGGCGGGGGACAUCAAGCCGCAAAGGAUUGGCAGGCUGGAGCCCUCCCGCAGGUCACUAGUUUGGGAAGGUGACUGGAGGACGGACAUUUUCAUGGCCUCGUUGAAGGACAUGGACAAAGGCAGCUCUGUGAAGCUUGUCCUUACUGUCAAUGGGCAGCUGCUCAGAGGCCUCUCCAGCAGUACCCCCACCCACCCGUUCCUAGUGCCGGACACUAUCCCGUCACCAGUGCUCCCAGCAGACGACGUGUCCCUCAGCCAGGACCUGGAGGACUCUCCUGCGGUUAAAAAUCAGAGCUCUGAGAUGACUGCUGUAGUUUCCAGGCCUGGGAGGAAGGACUUUGCUGCACCACUGAGAAAACCACUGGUGCUCUGUGCCCUCAAGUCACCACCUGGCAAUGCAGAGCCCCAUGAGUCCUGGAGAAGGAGUCCUGUGCAGCUGAGGAAGCCCAGGAAGGUUUUAUUUGAACCCAGAGCAUCUGAGAGAGAACUUGAUGAGGAAGAUCUGGCGGUUGAGGAGUUGCAAGGCAGUCCCAGCCCGCGAUGGUGCCAUGCCAUGUGCCUCAGUGACCCGGGAACGGCUGUUCUGAUCGGCGGAGAAGGUGCCAGCCAGCAGUCCUGCAAGGAUGUGCUCUGGAAAAUGGAAACUGACAGCGAUUUCUGGUUUCCAGUGGAUUUCCAGCUAGGAGAUGCCGUGCCCUCAGGCUUGCGCGGCCACACUGCUACCUAUGACCCAGACACCGGGCGCAUCUACAUCUUUGGGGGCAUAAAGGAGGACAAGGACUACAGCAGCAUCUACAUCCUGGACACGGUCGCUUGGAAAUGGCUCCUUGUGGCUGCUAAAGGGAGAAUGCCAGUGCUAGCCUACCACAGUGCCAUCAUCUACCGCAAGGAGCUCUUUGUUUUUGGGGGGGCUCUCCCCAGAACGGCGUCACUGGCCCUUGGACCCUGCAGCAAUGCACUCUAUGUCUUCAAUCCAGAGUAUGAAAUUUGGUACCAGCCCAUCUUGGAAGGGGAGAAGCCUCUUCCUAGACUCGGGCAUUCAGCUACUCUACUGGGGAACAAGCUGCUAAUUUUUGGAGGUCAGAGGACCUCUAUCUACCUCAGUGACAUGCACGUCUUGGAUCUCGGUUUCAUGGAGUACACACCAGUCCCUGUCCUUGCAGGACAGCCUUCUGCACGCUGUUUCCAUGCUGCUAUGGCUGUGUCGGACCAGAAGGUUCUGAUCAGUGGAGGCUGCAAUGCCAAGGGUGCCCUACAGGAUGUGUAUGUUUUCCACCUAGACACCCUUACGUGGAGCGCGUUGAUGCACCAUGACCUCUGCUCCCUGCCCCGAGCUGGCCACACAUUGCUUGACAUGACUCCUGCUCACCUGAAGGAUGUGGACAAGGAGAACAAGGACAAGCAUAACCUGCAUACAGUGUUGGUCUUUGGAGGCUCCAACUGUGCUGGGACCUUCUACAACAGCACAGUCAAGAUCCACUUGGAUCUAGAAUAAUGCAGAGGUCUGAGAAUAAGUCUGAAACAGCAAAGGUUCUUUGCUGGGGUAAAUACAGGCAAGGAUGGCAAUAAAUUAAUCUAAGCAACCCGACAGUCCAAGCUUCUAUUUCAAAGUGAAUGCCAUCCUCUGUGUAAGAGGCCAGUGUUUGUAAUACCUUAAUGAAUACUGUAUUUCC